CAACACGCACGCUGCAUGCAGACGUCUUUGACCUUUGCUCGCGACAGACGAAACCGAAUCACUAAAUGAAUCUCGCUUCACACAGGUAGCAACCGCCGAGAUCUUGACCAUCAAGUAAAACUCUACCUGCCCAACACAUCCAUCCCAAGUGAUCAACUCUUCACUUGCGGGCCUCUCUGCCUAAACCGGUCAUCUCUGCCUACCGACCCCAGCCCGCACAAGUGAGUAAGCUAAAAGGUCGCUGUGCCUCACUUUACCCGCUACUUGGUUCCCAUUGCCAGCCAUUCAUUCCCAUCCACCCCAUUUACAGCCAAACGCAUCUUUGUCCAUUCACCACCAACUACGCCACUUUUCAAAUCGCAUAUCGCACCACUAACGUUUGGAAUCUUGCGACAAAAGCCUCGACGACCAAAACCACCACCGCAUCAUUCGAAAAUAAUCUGCAAAAUGUCAGAGGGUCAGCUGCAGAAAGUAAACCUUCAGAGCAACGAUGGCCAGUCCAUCGAGGUUGAUCGCGCCGUCGCAUGCCGUUCGCGUUUGAUCAAGGACCUGAUCGGCGAUUUGGGCGAGGAGAUGGUCGCUUCCACACCGAUUCCGAUUCCGAACGUCAGCGAGGCCGUUCUGAGGAAGGUUCUUGAGUGGUGUGAGCACCACCGGAACGACCCUGUUCAGACCAGCGAUGAGGACAGCGAAAGCCGCAAGAAGACUACCGAUAUCGAUGAGUGGGAUCAGAAGUUCAUGCAGGUCGACCAGGAGAUGCUGUUUGAGAUCAUUUUGGCGAGCAACUACCUUGAUAUUAAGCCGCUACUUGACGUUGGUUGCAAAACGGUUGCAAAUAUGAUCAAGGGCAAGUCCCCAGAGGAGAUUCGCAAGACUUUCAACAUCACCAACGACUUUACACCCGAGGAGGAAGAACAGAUCCGUCGUGAGAACGAGUGGGCUGAGGACCGUUAAGAAGUACGUCAUGGUAACGGAGGCACGACGAUAUGCAAGAAGAUGAGAUCCGGGCAUAGGUCAUGACCAGAAGGACUUCAAAACCGGCGUGGCCUGAUUACCCUGGUGCUUUACACUUUUUCUUUUACUCCCUAGGCUUCAACAAGUCUGGGUUAAGUCGCGAAUUUCACGAUGAUUACGGCAUUGAUUUUAGUGGGCGUUUGAACUUCUGUACCCUUGCAAUCCCAUCUACCAUUUCUUCUGUGGCUGGAUAUCAUAAUGAACAAGGGGUUCGACAUGAUGUUGAAGCCGUUGAAACGAUCCAGUCAUGGCAAGUGCCUGCGCCUUGAUGGGGAUGUUGUCUUUUCGCCCUUUCAGUGGAGAGUCAGCUUAAUCUUUUCAGGGGAAAGUCAGAAAGAAAAUACAAUGGUCGGGUAUAGAGCUUGAGGUGGGUUGCCCCUUCACAAGUGGUGUACUCACUCUUCAAGUCUGUGCGCCGAUUUCUGGUUGCCUUCCACUUGUAUAUUAUCCCAGGUCCCGGUCCUGGGCUUUUAGUCUGUAGUACUACCACUGCCAAUUUUGCUGUGCUCUACGCUGAAUGUGUUAAAACAACUGGCGUUGCCGGCUCACAGUGUGUCCAUGUCAUGAUGGUUUCACG